GCAGCCCAAGUCUGCUAUGCCAAUGUCCUUACUCUGCAGCUAUUUUACUGAUACCUGACUAUGUUAAGUUCAUCCUCCAAUGUAUACUUGACUCUACCAGUAGCAAUCUAUUGGGGCAUAGCUCGAAAGAUCGUGCAUUACACUGCAUAUUAUGAUAAGGCUGACCCGCCUCGCAAUUACUUUCGAUUAUUGCUCUUCCAAAGUUCUUCAAAUUCCUCUUCAACAACUUCUGUGAUGGAUGUAGAGCCUUCUGCCGCAUAACAGAAUUGCAUCCGAUAUAGAUAUUGCAUCGCGUAACACUGUAGCUCGACACGAGUGUA